GGAGGCGUGCGCCUUGUCAGCAGUCAACAUCAACAUACGUCCAGCGCUCGCCCACAACAUCCAUUCCCCAUUCCCCCAUUCCCCCGCUACCACACUUCACCUCACAGACCCAGACCCAGACUCUACGUCUUCCUCUCUAAUAUCAGUAUCUGUAACUAUGCCAUACGGUAUGCGUACGUCGAGCAUGAAGUAGCUGACGCAGUAGGGGAAAAAAACACAUCGGCGGUUAUCCAUCGAACCACGGCCCCCACCCCGGUAGGUACCUUUCUAAAAGCUCUACCUGCGAUCGAUAUAAUAAAGCUAG